AUGUUCCGCAAGAAAAAGAAGAAACGCCCUGAGAUUUCGGCCCCACAGAACUUCCAGCACCGUGUCCACACCUCCUUUGACCCCAAGGAAGGCAAGUUCGUGGGCCUCCCCCCACAAUGGCAGAACAUCCUGGAUACCUUGAGGCGACCCAAGCCUGUGGUGGAUCCUUCUCGAAUCACACGGGUGCAGUUGCAACCCAUGAAGACGGUGGUACGGGGCAGCUCUGUGCCCACGGAGGGCUACAUCUCAGGGCUGCUCAACGACAUCCAGAAGUUGUCAGUAAUCAGCUCCAAUACCCUGCGUGGACGCAGCCCCACCAGCCGGCGGCGGGCACAGUCUCUGGGGCUGCUAGGGGACGAGCAAUGGGCUGCUGACCCAGAUAUGUACCUCCAAAGUCCUCAGUCUGAGCGCACGGAUCCCCACGGCCUCUACCUCAGCUGCAAUGGAGGCACACCAGCAGGUCACAGGCAGAUGCCAUGGCCGGAGCCUCAGAGCCCACAGGCCCUGCCCAAUGGGCUGGCUGCCAAGACACAGUCCUUGGGCCCUGCUGAGUUCCAGGGUGCCUCGCAGCGCUGCCUGCAGCUGGGUGCCUGCGUACAGAGUUCCCCACCUGGCACUUCACCCCCUAUGGCCACAGGGAGGCGUGGGGUGAAGGCUGCCAAGCAUAACUCGGAGGAGGUACGGCCACAGUCCUGCCUGGUGGGCUCAGCCAUUGGCAGGCCAGGUGGAGAAGGCAGCCCCAACCCUAAGAAUCAGGAAAGCAGCCUCAAGCACCGGCUCUUCCGGAGCAUGUUCCUGUCCACUCCUGCCACAGGCUCUGCAAGCAGCAGCAAGCCGGUCCCUCUGCCCCAGAACAAGCUCCAUUCUGCUUUCCGACCACCACAAAAAGAUUCCUCCUCAAACCUGGUGGCCAAGGCCCAGUCCUUGCCCUCGGACCAGCCCAUGGGGACCUUUAGUCCUCUGACCACCUCGGAUACCAGCAGCCCCCAGAAAUCCCUCCGCACAGUCCCAGCCGCUGGCCCACUUCCAGGCCGGUCUUCUCCAGCAGGUUCCCCGCGCACUCGGCAUGCUCAGAUCAGCACCAGCAAUCUAUACCUGCCCCAGGACCCCACAGUGGCCAAGGGGGCCCUGGCUGGAGAGGACACUGGCAUUGUGACACACGAGCAGUUCAAGGCUGCGCUCAGGAUGGUGGUGGACCAGGGUGACCCCCGGCUGCUGCUGGACAGCUAUGUGAAGAUUGGGGAGGGUUCCACGGGCAUUGUGUGUCUGGCCCGGGAGAAGCAUUCCGGUCGCCAGGUGGCAGUCAAGAUGAUGGACCUCAGAAAGCAGCAACGCAGGGAGCUGCUCUUUAAUGAGGUGGUGAUCAUGCGUGACUACCAGCACCUCAACGUGGUGGAGAUGUACAAGAGUUACUUGGUAGGCGAGGAGCUAUGGGUGCUGAUGGAGUUCCUGCAGGGCGGGGCCCUCACAGACAUCAUCUCCCAAGUCAGGCUUAAUGAGGAGCAGAUUGCUACUGUGUGUGAAGCUGUGCUUCAGGCCUUGGCUUACCUGCAUGCCCAGGGUGUCAUCCACCGGGACAUCAAGAGUGACUCCAUACUGCUGACCCUUGAUGGCAGGGUGAAGCUCUCAGACUUUGGAUUCUGUGCUCAGAUCAGCAAAGAUGUCCCCAAGAGGAAGUCCCUGGUAGGAACCCCAUACUGGAUGGCUCCUGAAGUGAUCUCCAGAUCUCUCUAUGCUACCGAGGUGGAUAUCUGGUCUCUGGGCAUCAUGGUGAUUGAGAUGGUGGAUGGAGAGCCUCCCUACUUCAGCGACUCCCCAGUGCAAGCCAUGAAGAGGCUCCGGGACAGCCCCCCACCCAAGUUAAAGAACUCUUACAAGGUCUCCCCAGUGCUUCGAGACUUCCUGGAACGGAUGCUGGUACGGGAACCCCAAGAGAGAGCCACAGCCCAGGAGCUCCUGGAUCACCCCUUUCUGCUGCAGACAGGGCUGCCUGAGUGUCUGGUGCCUCUGAUACAGCUCUACCGCAAGCAGACCUCCACUUUCUGA